AUGGGAGGCAUCGGCAUCUGGUGCAUGCAUUUUAUUGGAAACCGAGCCAUUGUACUGGAGGAUGGAGCCUCAGACAUCCAGAUCGUGUACAGCAUGACCUUCACUGGGGUCUCGUUCGUAUUACCCGUGAUUGUCCUUCUCGUCGCCUUUUACGCCAUCGGUGCCAGCGAAAAAGCAGGAUACCUUCGCAUCGUGAGCGGCGGCUUGCUGGCUGGCUCCUCAGUUUGCGGGAUGCAUUACAUUGGCCAACUGGGCAUCGCCAACUACAAGUGCUCCUACAAAGUUGCCAACGUCGUCGGGUCGGCCAUCAUCGCCGUUUUUGCGAGUACCACCGCCCUGGGAAUCUUCUUCCGAUGGCGAGCUACCUGGACAGAUAGUUGGUGGAGACGCGGCGUUUGUGGAUGCUUGCUUGCGUGUGCAGUUUCUGGCAUGCAUUGGACGGCGGCCGUUGGUACCACAUAUCGAGAGCACGACCGGUCGGUGCAGCAUGGCGGACAGUUGUCCCGCAGCCAGGUCGUAAUUAUCUGCGCCGUCUUGGCAUGCACGGCCUGCGGGAUUUUAUCAGCAUGCGCUAUUGCUGCUGGCGGCCAUCGCAGGAGACUGAGAACCCAAGCCCAACAGCUGGUCCUGACCUGUGCCUUCUUUGACCCGGAGGGUCGGAUCAUGGUCACACCUCAUGCACUCCUUCCCAGCAGGAAAAUCGUGGAUCGAUAUAUCGGCAGGACUUUCAACGACGACGACCUCACCCGAACCCACCCGGCUUUUCUUUGGGCCUUCCGCGCGAGUCGAAACUGGAAGCUCAUUCGGGACGUUGUGCCUUUUAUGCGAAGCCGAAUUGAAUCCGACGAGGCUGCGAUGGAGCAAUACAUAUCCAAGGGUGUAGUGUCCGACCAGGAGGCUGAAUUGCAGACCGACUUUGACGACCUCUUCAAACGGCACUUCUGCGUGGCUGCACAAGACCUUGCGGAUGAGGUCCGACAGCCCCUACAUGAGCUUGGUAUGUUGUAUGACGACGUCUUGGCCACCACCGCUCCGUCUUCCCGCUUCUCGCGUGCCAUGGGAUAUUCCAGGAUUCGCGGGGGUAAGGGACAGUUGAUGUUCACCGUGCGUCAACUGCGCAAGCAGGACGCAAACCGUCUUGCAUCGGCUGGCUUCCGCUUCACGACGAUUGAAAAUGUCACCACCAUCUUGUCUCGCCGUAUCCACGUUCCGACGUCGAUGCUGGGCACUCACCUCCGAGACAUGCGCGACUUUGCCGUGUCUAGCCGGAACUUUGAGCCAGGCGUCCACCUUAUCUCCUUUAUUAUGCGCCCUACCAUCCAUGACCACUUCGAGGUCCUAACCGCCAAGGGUGUCACCAACCCUCUCCCAUCCUCCAGCCUCCCAAUCAAACGCCUCCAGUAUCAACACCUCGAACUGAUUUCCCACAUGGAAGGCUGGGCCAUAUCUACCUGCCUCGAAUGGCUGAAGUCCGACACCGCACGCGCCUACCGCGGCGUGGACGAGUUCCGCGAACAACUCAUCCACGCCAUGUCCGACCUCGCCAGAACUCUCCCGCCCGACAUCAACACCGUGUCCAAGUUCUCCGCGCGCCCUCUCAUCGCCCCUUGCCGCCCAACGCGGCUCUCCGACGGUGCUAACUGCAUCCUCCUCUCCUUCUGCGCCGUUACCUCCCUCGACACCCAAGUCUCCAACCCGGACUACUCAUUCACUCCGCUCCGACUCUUCCGCGUCCAGCAACAGGUCAAUGACGGCGUCGCCGAUACCGACGGCUUCGCCAAAGAGCUCGGCCAGGAGCUAUUCUACUACAAUGCACGGUCCAGCUCCGCCACCGAGUCCGACAUCGCCCCGUCCCUACGCUCCGUGCUCCGCUUCCUGCAAGCCCGCAAGUUGUCGCCGGACGGCGCAGCAGCCGCGGGUAAAACAAUCUCGCAGGAGACGCUGGCGGAUACGCCGAUUCCAGAGAUCAUGGUCCGCAGAGAGGUCAAGGUCGACGUGGCGAAGCUGGAGCAGCCCGUCUUAGAGUCCUCACUGGGGCGGCAUGCGUCGCAUACUACCAUCGUGGCCGGUGAGAUGGCGGCGAGCACAUAUGUCGACGAGCUGUACAAUCUCUGCUAUUCGCCAGGGGUGCGCCUGCGCCCUGACCAGAACUUCUCACGGGCGUCAACGCUUGCCUGA